CUAUUGUGCUUUUGUUCGAAAUUUUUGAUUUUGUAUUCAUUUGUGUUCUGAAGUUGUAAUGAUUUAUUGGUGAUUUUUGUUUAUAUAGCAGUGUUACUUAUAAGUUCUAUGAACUCUCAAUAAACAUUUGUCAAUAUUUCUUUUCAUUUUAAUUCAACUAUAGCUAUUACAGAUGCAAGAACAAUCAGCUGACAUGUUCAAAAAGAUUUUACUUGAAAAUGAUACAUUUCUUAGUGAAGCGGACUUUACACAUAUCAAUGGAGACUUGUCACUAAUGCCAGAAAUAUCUGUCAUGCAAGAUUUCCUGGUGGAAGAGGAGACUUUAGAUGCAGCUGUGAAGUUUAAUCCCACAAGUGCAUUUGUUCCUACAUCACCUAUAGGACCUCCGGAGACAGGCAGCUUUCCCGGAUUUUUUAAUUUUGGUGUGGAAAUAAAGUCUUCAGAGACUGAUAGAAAAAAGUUCUUGUACUCUGCGAAGCUGAACCGCAUCUACGUGGACAUGGGCGUGGAGUUCCCGGUGCACUUCACGUGGAACACGAGCGGCCCGCACAUGCCGGGGCUCGAAGACUUGUACGUGCGCGCCACCGUCGUCUUCUCCGACGACGCGCAGAAGGAGAAGCGCGUCGAGCGCUGUCUGCAGCACGCGCACGAGCCCAACAACCCCGGCGAGGAGGGGGUGGUGCGCAACGUGCUGCGGUCCGCGCGCGCGCUGGGCACGGCCGACCUGCACUACUGCGGCGCGGCGCGCCUGCCCGACUCGUGGCUGUCGGUGCUGGUGCGCCUGCCGCAGCCCGCGCCGCACGCCUACCAGUUCGUCUGCAAGAACUCCUGCUCCUCCGGCAUCAAUCGGCGCAACACCGCCAUCGUCUUCACCCUCGAGAAUCACCUUGGUCAGAUCCUGGGCCGGCAGAGUGUGGGCGCGCGCGUGUGCGCCUGCCCGAAACGCGACCUGCGCCGCGACGAGGAUGAGUUGGCCAAGGGCAAGCGCCGCCUCGCGCCCGCAGCACCCGCACCGCCCGCCGCCGCUGCGCCAGACUCUUGCAAGAAGAUCAAGAUCGAGAUCCCGGACACAGAUGAUGAGGUCAUCACGCUUCCCAAGCUGCAGAUAAAGGGCGCGAAGGCGGUGGUGACGGGGCUGGAGGUGAUGCAGCGCAUGAUGGAGGUGAGCGCGGGCGAGGCGGCGCGCCGCAGCGACCAGCGCGCGCUCGACCAGUACUCCGCCUGCCUCGCCGGCCUCGCGCACGCUCUCGACAACCUCAGGGGCAGCGCCGGCCGCCAGUAGCACCUCCAGCAGUUGUCACCACACUUUAACUUAUCACUGCCACCGCCCUGUACAACCACUGCAACGGUAAGUAACAAAGUGACCUUGGUGCAGUAUGACAAAUAUUGCCUCAGUAACUUAACUGGGUUUUAACAUUUUUUACUCUAUUGUAUUAAUUGUUUUUUGCCAGUUUUUGGUUUUUUAGCUAACCAUUUAGAAUUACAGACUAUCAGUAUCUCGUAUACUUUAUUCAAUUAUAAAAUACCCUGAAAAGUAAUUAAAAAAUAAUCUCCUAAACAUUUUUUAAUUUUUUUUUAUGACAA